UUCCGUCGCUUCAAAAACAGAUCUAUACUCUCUUCCUUAGUCAGUUUCACCGACAGACAGAAAGAAAAGGGUCUGCCGCCGAGUGGAGUCUGAGGUCUGCUGUCCAAAUCGUCGUCGAAUCUCCUCCGCCGCUCCGUCCGCUCGUCGUCUCCGCCCGCCACCAUCAACCGCCGGUCCUCCUUGCCGUCCGGUCAUCGUCGGUUCUUCAUCCCAGAAGAAACAACAGCUCCUUCUGCCCCGAAGACAAAGAAAAGUUUCAAAAGGAUAGUUGGUGGUCUGUUGGCGAGAAAAGGCAAGAGUACCUCUACAAGUACAGCAACGCAUCACCUCCUCCUUCCCACGUAAUCUUGCAAUCAAACAUCAGAAAAGGAGGAUUCUUUCAUUUUGUCAUUUCUUUAUGGAGGGUCAUUUUGGUCUGAAAAGGGGAAAAGCUGGCGGUUUCAAAUAGAGCUUUUGGCAGAACCUAUCACUGCCUCAACAAUAGUCACAUUUGGCGUGGAAAGCAAUGGGCAGUAAGUGGACAAUUCAUGGAAUCCAAUUCUCAUAUCUUGCCCUUUUGAUUCUUAUCGCGGAUGUCCAUGGAUGUUGCUCUCUUAACUCAGAAGGAUUGGCUUUGUUGGAAUUCCGAGCAAGAGUUGAAUAUGAUCCACAUGGAGUUCUUGAGGAUUGGAAUGCCGAUAAUUGUGACCCAUGUAUGUGGUCCGGCAUUCAUUGUGAUGACGGUAAAGUGCAAGUGCUGGACCUUAAUGGGCAAGAUCUGAAGGGAACAAUAGCACCCAAACUUGGAAAUCUUUCUCACUUGAAAAUGCUUGUACUCUCCAAGAACCAUUUUUCGGGUGUAAUUCCUCAAGAAAUUGGACAACUCGAAAUGUUGGAAGUCUUGGAUUUGAGGGAUAACAACUUGAGUGGAUCCAUUCCAGCACAGAUAGGAGGCCUGCAGUUACUAAGAAGCUUGUUGCUUUGUAACAAUAACUUUGAAGGAAGCAUUCCUUCAGAGAUUGGGAGUCUUGCUUUUUUAACUGAUAUGCAAUUUGACCAGAAUCUCACUUCUGAGUUUGCUUCAGGGACUGGCUGCAUUAGUAGAAAGUUUGGGGAUUGUAUUUGGCAUGUCAGCUGGAAUCCAUUGACGAAAGCAAAGUUCUUGAUUACACCUGUGAAAAAGGCAAUCAUAAGUUACUUCAACCUUUUAUCACUUUUCAGUCUUGGAGAAGGACCUUUGAACAAAAAUGCCCGCUUCUUCUCUAAUGAGCUGCCACCUGGUUCACUUACACCACAUUUGGUCAAGACUCUAGAGAAUCGACCCUACCCCACACGGCGCAAGUUGCUUGAAGAAUCAAGUAAUAUUGCUGCUCCACCCGCCGCGAAUGUGGGGUCCCCAGCAUUGAGUAAUCUCAUCACUCAGCCAUGCAACAGAAGUAGUGGAUCAUUUCCUGCCGUGGCCGGGAAGAAAGCAAAAUCCCCAGCACAGCCACUUUCACCACCGCCACACCACCACAACACAACAAAUCCCAGUGGUACCCAACAAGAAAGUGACCAUCAACCUCCGGUUUCUGGGAAUAGAUGGAAGUAUAUGAUUGGGAUUUUCACAGCAGUUUUCUCCCUCAUUGUUGCUGUGGCAAUCAUAUUUGUUUGUAGAUGCAGGGCAGCAAGGUCCAUUGGCCCUUGGACAACUGGAUUGAGUGGGCAGUUGCAGAAAGCGUUUGUUACAGGUGUCCCGAAGCUGAACAGAGCUGAGCUAGAAACAGCAUGUGAAGAUUUCAGCAAUAUUAUAACCACUCAUGCUGCUUUCACAAUGUACAAAGGAAACCUUUCAAGUGGGGUGGAGAUAAACGUGGUUUCAACUGCCGUAACAUCUCUAAAAGACUGGUCCAAACGCGCAGAGAACGCUUUCAGAAAGAAGAUUGACACUCUUUCGCGGAUCAACCAUAAAAAUUUCGUUAACCUCAUUGGGUAUUGCUCUGAGGAUGAGCCUUUUACUCGAAUGAUGGUGUUUGAGUAUGCUCCAAAUGGAAGCCUUUUUGAGCAUCUACAUGUAAAAGAAGUUGAACAUCUGGACUGGAAUACAAGGAUGAGGGUUGCAAUGGGGACUGCAUAUUGUAUUGAGUACAUGCAUGAUUUGAUUCCGCCUGUGUCUCAUUCAAACCUCACGUCUAAAACCAUAUUCUUGACCGACGAUUAUGCUGCUAAGAUUGCGGAGAUCAGUUUCUGGGAGGAACUAGCAUCCAAGUCGAAAUGCGGGGACGGCGAAGAGCAUUCUGAACUCCCACCACUUGCUGAUCCUGAAACAAACAUCUACAGCUUUGGACUUCUCUUGUUGGAGAUAGUUUCUGGGAAACUCCCUUUCUCAGAGGAACAAGGCCCUCUUCUCAACUGGGCUGCACAAUACAUGAAUGACAGGAGAAGUGUGAGCAAAAUGGCGGACCCAACAUUGAAAUCGUUCAAGGAAGAAGAGUUAGCCGCGGUGUGCGAGGUGAUCCAGGAAUGCGUGCAACAAGACAGCAGGAAGAGGCCGACGAUCAAAGAAGUCAUUGAGAAACUGAGGAAAGUCGGCGACAUCUCUCCCCAGGCUGCUUUUCCCAGAGACUCUCCCCUCUGGUGGGCUGAACUUGAGAUUCUUCAAGCUGAGUCCCUCUAGUUUUAAUUAGUUUCCCCUUCCCCUCUUUGCACUCUUAAGUUAAUUUAAAAGAAGAAGAAGAAGAAAAAGGAUUAAUCCUU